AUGUCGUCCUGGGAGCUCCUCAACGACGCCGAAGAAAACGAACUCCACAAAUCCCGCCUCCUGAACAUCGAGGAGAAGCCACUCAAGCGCAUCACCAAACGCCUCGGGGCCAUCUCCACCAUUAUCGCCGCCAAGGCCGCCCAGCAACCCACGCCGCCCCCCGACGCCAACGCCGCCUCUGCGACCGCCGACCCGGGGGCCCUGCACCGCGAGCGCGCCCUGCUCCGGGAAGACCUGGCCCUCGACUUCGCCGCCUUUGACAGCAGCAUCGCGCGCCUGCAGUUCCUCCUCGACGCCAACGAGCGCGAGCGCGCCCGCUACGCCGCCGACCAGCAGCGCAUCCUCGACGAGUGCCAGGCCGUCCGCGACAACAAUGCCGCCCUGCGCGCCCGCCUCGACGUCGCGCGCGGCACGCUGCGCCAGCGCAAGGAGUUUGACCGCCUCGCCGACGAUAUCACCAACAAGAGCAUGCUGCGGCCGCGGGACGACCAGCGCGUCGCGCUGCGGAAGCUUGAGGAGGAGUGCGCCGGGCUCGAGCGCGAGAGCGAGACGUACAACGACACGUGGGGCGAGCGCAAGGAGCAGUUUGCCAGGAUCAUGGAUGAGGCCAUGCGGCUGCGGCGACAGAUUCGCAACGAGAAGGAGGAGGUCGAGAGCAGGGAGGGCAUGUCGAGGAAUGGUGGGGAGGAAGGUGAGGUGUCUAGGGCGUGA